CCACCAUCGUUGUGGCAGGGCGGGGCGGGUGGAAAAGUGAAGCGACACGCAUGCGCAUGUCGCUUCCUGGGGGGGCGGGGCGAUUUGAGGGGGAAGCAUUUACAAAGCAAACUGAAACCAAGAGAAAUGUUUGUGUUUUCUAGAUUUCUAUCCUGGACUGACAGUACUUUUUCUUUUGUGAAUUGAUUUUACAGGAUAUUAAUUGAGAAUAAUUGAGACCAGGAUCUCACUGAUAGUCAGCAGAGUCAUCAGGAUCUGAAUAUCAUUGGAAUUUAACUGUGGAAGGACAAAGGUUGUUUUGCAAUGAGAGAUUUCAGAUGAAACCUCAUCCAGAUCUGACAGUCACUCUGUUUGUAAUAAGCUAAUUAUCUCAGGAUUUUGUACAUUGAAGGAAAAAGCAACAUUCUCACCUGGGAGAAACACGUAUUGUCUGUGUGUGGAAGAGUCUGUGAAGAUUCAUCUGAAAUGUCCAAAUGCCAGUGCAGUGACACUGGCGAGAGACUGUGGAAAUGUGGGGAUUGUGGGAAGGGAUUUCUUUACCCAUCCCAGCUAGAAAUGCACCAACGCAGUCACACUGGGGAGAAGCCAUUUACCUGUUCUGAUUGUGGGAUGGGAUUCACUCAGUCAUCCAGCCUGCGGAUCCACCAGCGAGUUCACACUGGAGAAAGACCAUUCACCUGCUCCCUGUGUGGGAAGGCAUUUACUUGGUCAUCUGGCCUGCGGAAACACCAGAGAGUUCACACUGGGGAGAAACCAUUCACCUGCUUCCUAUGUGGGAAGGCAUUCACUCAGUCAUCUGACCUACUCAUACAUCGGCGAGUUCACACUGGGGACAGACCAUUCACCUGCUCUGAUUGUGGGAAGGGAUUUAACCAGUCAUCCAGCCUGCGGAUACACCAGCGAGUUCACUCUGGGGAGAAACCAUUCACCUGCUCCGAUUGUGGGAAGGGAUUUAACCAAUCAUCCAACCUGCGGAUACACCAGCGAGUUCACUCUGGGGAGAAACCAUUCACCUGUUUUGAAUGUGGGAAGGGAUUUAACCAAUCAUCCAGCCUGCAUAGACACCAGCGAGUUCACACUGGGGAGAAACAUUCACUUAGUUAACUCACCUGCGGAGAGAAGAGAGACCUUUACUUGCGCUUUAUGUGGGAAGGCUUCACUGUCAUCCAAACUGUUAACAUGCCAGUAAAAUGACACUGGGUGGAUCCUGUUCACCUGCUCUGUUUGUGUAAAAGGAUCUGCUGUUUGCAAACAUACCAGCAAAUUCACAAAGAACCGCAGAUGAAGGGUUUUGCUUUUACUCACACCAAGGUAUGAACCUUGGUCAUUGGGCCAUUUGUAUUGAUAUUAUUAAACCCUGCUGUAUUAAAGGUGCUGAUAUUGUAGGUAAAAUGUUGAUACAAUUGUGUAUCUGUGUGGUAAGUUUUGAAAAUGAUCAAUAGUCGCUGUAUAUUAACACAUUUAUACUGAUAAAGACUGUCCAUCUGCAUAUUGUUUGUAAAGUAAUUUUGUGGUUCAUCAGGACUGGUUAAACAGCAAUGAGUUCCCUAGUAAUUGUCAGUGUUGGAUUUUGAUGCUGUUGUUGUCUAUAUCCAAACCAUGUUUUCUGGAACUGUUUCUGAUGAUGUGUGUAAACACCACAGGUUCAGUGACUUAUUUGGGAUAAAAACAAUACAAAUCAGUUUUUCGUUAAAACUGUGUUGUAUCAGGUCUGCCUCAUUCUGAGUGCCUUAGAGAUAAGGUAAUCAUGUGUACCCUUCAUAUGAGCAGUUGGGAGAAAGCACAUCCAGAGUGAGACAUAGCCUGUAAUGCCGGAAAUUUAGUUACAAGUGCUCUUGGGCCUUGUGAAACCUAACUUGGCAAGGGGAUGGAAUCCAGACUGAAUGUCCAAAAGGGUAAGAAGAAAAUAGAACAAUGAACAAGUGAGUCAAGGAGGCAUUGACAUUACAGGCCAGUUAAGGUACAAGGGAGUUUGAUAUGGUUGAGUGACAUUGAUUUUUAAUGCUAUGAGUUUGAACAAGGCAUAUGAGUUGAGGAUACAGAUUAAAACA